AUGGCGGCCGCGGGGCGGCUGUGGCUGCUCUACCUGUCGGCGGGGCUGCUGCCCCGGCUCGGCGCCGCCUUCAACUUGGACACCCGCGAGGACAAUGUGAUCCGGAAAACCGGGGACCCCGGGAGCCUUUUCGGCUUCUCGCUGGCCAUGCACCGGCAGCUGCACCCCGAGGACAAGCGGCUGUUGCUGGUGGGAGCCCCGCGGGCAGUGGCCCUUCCGCUGCAGAGGGCCAACCGGACAGGAGGCUUGUACAGCUGCGACAUCACCUCUCGGGACCCGUGCACACGGAUCGAGUUUGACAACGAUGCCGACCCUUCCUCGGAAAGCAAGGAAGACCAGUGGAUGGGAGUCACUGUCCAGAGCCAGGGUCCCGGCGGCAAAGUGGUGACAUGUGCUCAUCGAUAUGAGAAAAGACAACAUGUUAACACAAAGCAGGAAUCCCGAGACAUCUUUGGAAGGUGUUACGUCCUGAGUGAGAACCUCCGGAUUGAAGAUGAGAUGGAUGGAGGAGACUGGAGUUUCUGCGACGGCCGACUGAGAGGCCAUGAGAAGUUUGGCUCUUGCCAGCAAGGGGUAGCAGCCACUUUUACUAAAGACUUUCACUACAUUGUGUUUGGAGCCCCGGGAACUUAUAACUGGAAAGGGAUUGUGCGCGUAGAACAAAAGAAUAACACUUUUUUUGACAUGAACAUCUUUGAAGAUGGGCCUUAUGAAGUUGGCGGAGAGACUGACCAUGAUGAAAGUCUAGUUCCUGUUCCUGCUAACAGUUACUUAGGCUUUUCUCUGGACUCGGGGAAAGGGAUCACUUCUAAAGACGACAUCACCUUUGUAUCUGGUGCUCCGAGAGCCAAUCACAGUGGAGCUGUGGUUUUGCUCAAAAGAGACAUGAAGUCUGCACACCUUCUCCCCGAGCACAUAUUUGAAGGAGAAGGUCUGGCUUCAUCCUUUGGCUAUGACGUAGCCGUGGUGGACCUCAACAAAGAUGGGUGGCAGGAUAUUGUGAUUGGAGCCCCACAGUAUUUUGACAGAGACGGAGAAGUUGGAGGUGCAGUGUAUGUCUACAUGAACCAGCAAGGCCGGUGGAAAAAUGUCAAGCCAAUUCGUCUUAAUGGGACCAAAGACUCUAUGUUCGGCAUCGCCGUCAAAAAUAUUGGCGAUAUUAACCAAGAUGGCUACCCAGAUAUUGCGGUUGGAGCUCCCUAUGAUGAAAACGGCAAAGUUUUUAUCUAUCAUGGCUCGGCGAGCGGAAUAAUUACCAAACCAACGCAGGUUCUCGAGGGUAAUUCACGGUUUUUUGGAUAUUCAAUUGCUGGAAAUAUGGACCUUGAUAAGAAUUCCUACCCUGAUGUUGCUGUUGGCUCCCUGUCAGAUUCAGUAACUGUUUUCAGAUCCCGGCCUGUGAUUAACAUUCAGAAAACCGUCACGGUGACACCCAACAGGAUCGACCUCCGCCAGAAGACGGCCUGUGGGGCGCCCAGUGGGAUCUGCCUCAAGGUUAAGGCCUGCUUUGAAUAUACUGCCAAGCCCGCUGGUUACAAUCCUUCAAUAUCCAUUGUGGGCACGCUUGAGGCUGAAAAAGAUAGAAGAAAAUCCGGGCUCUCAUCGAGAGUGCAGUUUCGAAACCAAGGUUCUGAGCCCAAGUAUACGAAAGUGAUAACGCUGAACAGGCAGAAGCAGAAGGCGUGCAUGGAGGAAACGCUCUGGCUGCAGGAAAACAUCAGAGAUAAGCUGCGUCCCAUCCCCAUAACUGCUUCGGUGGAGAUCCAAGAUCCAAACACGCGGCGGCGAGUGAACUCACUUCCAGAGGUUUUCCCAAUUCUGAAUUCCAACGAGCCCAAGACGGUCCAUACAGAUGUGCACUUCCUAAAAGAGGGAUGUGGAGACGACAAUGUGUGCAACAGCAACCUUAAACUAGAAUACAAGUUUUGUACCCGGGAAGGAAACCAGGACAAGUUUUCCUACCUGCCGAUUCAAAAGGGUGUUCCAGAACUAGUUCUAAAAGACCAGAAGGACAUUGCUUUGGAAAUAACAGUGACGAACAGCCCUUCCGACCCAAGGAACCCCACCCGAGAUGGCGAUGACGCGCACGAAGCUAAGCUCAUUGCGACUUUCCCGGACACGCUGACCUACUCCGCGUACAGAGAGCUGAAGGCCUUCCCUGAGAAACAGCUGAGUUGUGUUGCCAACCAGAAUGGCUCCCAGGCGGACUGUGAGCUCGGAAAUCCUUUUAAAAGAAAUUCCAGUGUUACUUUCUAUUUGAUUUUAAGUACAACCGAGGUCACCUUUGACACCACAGAUCUGGAUGUUAACCUGAAGUUGGAAACAACAAGCAAUCAAGAUAAUUUGGCUCCAAUUACAGCUUCUGCAAAAGUGGUUAUUGAACUGCUUUUAUCGGUCUCUGGAGUUGCCAAACCUUCCCAGGUGUAUUUUGGAGGGUCCGUCCUCGGUGAGCAAGCUAUGAAAUCUGAAGAUGAAGUGGGAAGUUUGAUCGAGUAUGAGUUUAGGGUUAUUAACUUGGGCAAGCCUCUGAAAAACCUGGGCAUGGCAACCUUGAACAUCCAGUGGCCAAAAGAAAUCAGCAACGGCAAAUGGCUGCUUUAUUUGGUGAAAGUAGAAUCCAAAGGAUUGGAAAAGAUAGCUUGUGAGCCUCGGAGUGAAAUAAACCUUCUGAACUUAAAGGAGUCUCACAACUCCCGAAGGAAACGGGAGAUUGCCGAAAAACAGAUUGACGAUAGCAAGAAAUUUUCGUUAUUUGCUGAAAGGAAAUACCAGACCCUUAACUGCAGCGUCAACGUGAACUGCGUGAACAUCCGGUGCCCGCUGCGGGGGCUGGACAGCAAGGCCUCGGUGCUGCUGCGCUCCAGGUUGUGGAACAGCACGUUUCUAGAGGAGUACUCUAAAAUGAACUACCUGGACAUUCUCGUGCGGGCCUCCAUCGACGUGACUGCGGCCACCGAGAACAUCAAGCUGCCACACGCAGGCACUCAGGUUCGUGUGACUGUGUUUCCCUCCAAGACGGCAGCUCAGCACUCGGGGGUUCCUUGGUGGAUCAUCCUCGUGGCCAUUCUUGCUGGGAUUUUGAUGCUUGCUCUAUUAGUUCUUUUACUAUGGAAGUGUGGAUUCUUCAAACGCUCUAGGUACGAUGAAAGCAUUCCCCGAUACCAAGCUGUCAAGAUCCCGAAAGAAGAGCGAGAGAUCAAAGAUGAAAAGUACAACGAUCACCCGGAGAAAAAGCAGUGGAUCACAAGUUGGAAUGAAAAUGAAAGCUACUCCUAG